GAAGCGACAACGCGGGAAAUAACCAAAACAAUAAAUAAAUAAAUAAAAUAAAAAAACGAUCACACCCCACUCCAGUAGAUGGCGGCAAUGCACUGCGUUUGUCAGCCGCCAUAAAAACCCGACUGAUGAAGGAGAAGAAAGAACCAAAACAGAGCGAUACAGAGAUACAGAGACAGACAGAUACACAGAGAGACAGAUACACAUACACAUACAGAUACAGAUACAGAAAUAGAUAGAUACAGAAAUAGACAGCGAGCGAGCGAGCGAGAGAGAGAUAGAGAGAACGAAAGAAAGAGAGAGAACGAAAGAAAGAGAGAGAACGAAAAAGGUUGGCUGGCAUGCUAGGAGCAUGUGCAGUUAACAUGUCGGUAGGCCUACUACACGACCAGUGUCGUUUCUGCGCAGACAAUUUGCGGAUAAAAGGCGUUAUCGCACACAGCAAACGCAUUUUCGAAAGGAGUGUGAACGAAAAAUCCCUGAAGGAACGCGUGGAAGAACUCGGCCUGAAGUUAAGCACAGACCAGCACAGAUCCCAUCGAGCCUGUUUGAAGUGCUACCGCUUGAUAGGGAAGCUGGAGGAAACGCUGGCCACUUUUCGAAAAUGGCAAGAGGCAGAAGUCGAGCCAAGCAGUUCUACAACAGAGACCGCAACAACGUCCUCCACUUCCCGGCAGAAACGGGACAGGGAGCCAACUCCCUCAAAGCAGCGUUCGCAACCUCCCACACCUACUGAUCCACCGGUUCGUAAACUACCCAGGCCAAGCACUGACAACGCCGAAAGCAAAUCACGGCAAAGUGUUACCGAGGUAGUUGUCCAUUAUCCUUCGAAGAACAGAAGUGAGGCUACUAUGUGCCCAGACGACACAGCACCCAUAGUUCACGCCAUUGCAAAGAAAAAUUGGAGCUGGGCUGCUAAACAGAUCACAAGACACAGAGAACUGUUUGGACCUCUUGCAGAAAACAUCCUGCAGGUCAUAGAAGAUGAGUGCAAGAAGAUCUGCAAUCCCUUCACAGGUUUCAUGCUGUCCAAAACAUCAGCUGAAGAUUUGAAGACAUUUUCCUUUGGGAAAUUGCAAGAAGACUUCAAGCGUGUGUCACCCUUUCUAUUUUCUAUUUUUCUUUGCAUCACCAAACAGUCAGCAAAUACCGCUUGUGCUGCAGCGUCUGUAGCAUUGAAAGGCAGAGAUGACCGCAUGUCAGCCUUUGCCUACUAUGUCAACAAUGUCCUGCAGUAUGCUGGGGUGAAGAAGGCAGCCUUUAAAAGGCUUGGCAAAUUGGGCAUUACGACAUCAUACAACGCUGCUAUUAAUAAGCAAAAUGAUAUGGCAAAAACGUGUGGGGAGGACUUCCAUACGCUGAAAGUAGCCAAUGAAAUCUUCCUCAAGGAGGAAAUGGAAGAGACCAGCAGAGCCAACUGUGAAUCAGUUCCAGGGAGUGACGCUUUUGAAGGGGCUAGCACACCCCACACAGAUGGAGAGACAGACACGCCGACUGUUGCUGUGAGAGACCUGGAUGUACCAACACAUGGCAUGAAGCAGGAUCUAUUGUCAGAUGGCCAAACGCUAAGUCUUCAGGACCCUGUCAUCACCACUACUCCGUUACAAAAAGACCAGCAGUUGGAAUCUGGUGAUGUCACAGCAGUGUCAGUCUUCAGUGCUGUAACAGACAAAGAUGUAGUGGACCUGGGUGUAGCAGUGUUGCCCACAGAAAUGUCUUCAGUGCCAACUCCGCCAUGUUCAUAUUCAGUUAUAUUUGACAACCUGGACUUCUUCAGCCACACACACCACCAGUCAAUCAGCCGCACAAACCGGUCAAUACACUGGAUCCACCACGUAGCUGUAGAAGACAGAGUUCUUGCCACCCAUCUCAGCAGACAAAAGCCAACCCGAUUGCUAACAGAUUACGACAUUGGUAAAUCCCUACCCAGUCCUGAGACCCAAGCUCUAAUACGCCGUGACUACAUUGUGCUGGGAAGCAGAAUCCUGACAGAGUACCUAGAAGCCUUCAAGCCACUAUCAUCCGUUGUGGUUCAUCACAUCCCUCAUCCUCACCAGGCAGAAAUGUCAGAGCCAUCAACGCACUACCUCCUAGGACUUAUGUUCAAAGAUGAGAACAAAUCUACAGACCUGGUCGAAGUCCUACAGCACUUCCAGAAAGAGUAUGUUCCACUGGGCCCAGAUGGACCACAGAGCAUUUUGGUUGGGGGCGACAGGCUGACCGAAGGCAAUAGUCGGAACCUUCAGUGGGCCUUUGCAGAAGGCGAAAAUCCAGACGACAGGUUGGAAGGCCUUGUCUUCAAAUUUGAAGAUUGGCACGCCAUAAAAAACCUUUUUGAGAUCUAUCAUCGGAUCUUUUACAAAGAGGGCUCGGCGGGGGAACAUGGGACACUCCAGGCCAAUAUGAAUAAGCUGAGAUGCAGCAAUGCGAAACGUGGACCACAUGCUGCUUUCAAUGCAUACAAAGAGUUUGUGAAAAAGGACACCACGGCUCUGUUCUUGGCUGCUGCUAUGGAGCACUUUGGGCUACAGAAAGUGUCAGAUGUCCCAGAUGGAUUUAUCCCCAAUGACAUCAUCACUGGGUCACAGGAGGAGAAAAGACACUGGCUGACCGAGGCUGUCUCCCAUGUCGUUGAUACAUUUGUCAUUUUACAGGACGUGUCCGACAUCGUCAGAGGCGUCACAGAUGCCACCACUGACCUGCCCAAACAUGAAGAGAAGGUCCUCUGUCGCGCACCAGAUUGUGGCCGCACAUUCAAGUAUAGAAAGUGUAGGGACAACCACGAAAAAAAACACCACGGCUUGCCUGGCUUGUCAGUCCCUCCUGAAGUGCCUCCUCUUCCAGGCAGAAGUGUCGUCUUGGUGGACCACAAGAAGGAACACUCGGAAGUGGCCCAAACCUCACAGAACAGACUGCAUACAGGGUGAGCAGGUCCCUAGGAAUUUGGAAAGAGCUAAUGGACAGAACUGAUGCGGAGCUUCAGAUCUCCAGAUCCACGGGCGCGCACCAUGUGCCUCGUCAG